AUGUCGAGUAAACGCGAGCAAGUGGCCGCCCGCUAUGCGUCGUAUGCAAUCCCCCACCCAGACUUCGACAAGUACAUGGACAUGGAGAACCCAUUCGCAGGAGCAGAAGGUCUAUCAGUCUCAGCGAUGCGGGAAAUCUUCACCCAGAUGCCGAUGACUUUUCCGUAUGCUGAAAAGGCUGCUGCCAACGUCCGAGUCCGCCACCAACAGAUCACUGCCCGAGACGGGGCGGAGCUGGAACUGAGAAUCUACAAGGAUGCUCAUGUGGCAGGGAGAGCGAUCUUGUUCUUCGUUACGCAUGGUGGAGGCUGGGUUCUCGGCGACCAUAACGUUGAAGAGGCAAUGAACCGGCUGGUCGCCAAGAAGACAAACUCGGUCGUUGUCAGCGUCAACUAUCGACUACAAAACGCGGAAGCACUUGGAAUCGACGCCAACCGAGUCAUUGUGGGCGGCAGCAGUUCGGGCGGAAACAUCGCCACUGCUCUGGCGUUGAAAGAUCGGGAUGAUGGCAUUGGUGCAGUCUUUGGACAAGUCUUGAAUUUUCCCGACACCUGCCAUCCUGCGUAUUUUCCCAAGGACAAAUACGUGUACGCCAGCCCGGAGCAGAACAAAGAUGCGCCGAUUCUGACCACUCAGGCGGCGCACUGGUUCUGGGACCAAUACUGCCCAAAUACUGGAGCAGACCCCUAUGCAAGCCCACUCCUAGCCACCUCGCACAAGGGCUUAGCACCCGCAUUGAUCCAGGUUGCAGGACUCGAUCCUGUGCGUGAUGACGGGCUCGCGUACAGCGAGGCACUCAAGGCAGCAGGGGUGCCCGUCAAGACCAGAGUCUACCCGGGAUUGCCGCACGCGUUUUAUCUGUUUCCGGACCUCGGCGAGACGCCGACCUACUUCAACACGAUUGUGGACUGGAUCAACUUUCUUGAUAAGGAUAUGGCACGAGUAUUUUGA